AUGGCUGGGAGAAACGAUGCUGCGAUUGCUGCUGCUUUGGAGGCUGUGGCUCAAGUUCUGGAACAUCACCCUAAUGCUGGUGAGGAUGCUGGGUCUCGCAGUUUGGCUACUUUCCAGAGAGAGAACCCGCCGGUCUUCAAAGGCAAGCAUGACCCUGAUGGAGCCUUAGAGUGGUUGAAAGAGAUCGAGAGGAUCUUUCGUGUAAUGGAUUGUACUCAAGCACAGAAAGUUCGUUAUGGGACACAUAUGCUAGCGGUCGAAGCUGACGACUGGUGGCUAGCGACACGUCAGAGACUAGAAGCCACAGGUGAAGAGAUCACUUGGGAUGUGUUCAGAAGGGAGUUUCUGAGAAAGUAUUAUCCGGAGAGCGUCCGUGGUAAGAAGGAAAUUGAGUUCCAUGAAUUGAAACAAGGGAACAUGUCGGUGACUGACUAUGCUGCUAAGUUCACCGAAUUGGCCAAAUUUUAUCCGUACUAUGAUGGAGAGGGCGCAGAGUUUUCAAAAUGUGUUAAGUUUGAAAAUGGAAUCUUUGAGGAAGAUAAUGCUGCUCACUAUAAGAUUGUCAGUGAUAGAAGAGGCAGGCAGAAUCAGCAACGUGGCAAGCCUUAUGACACUCCAGCUGGCAAGGGCAAACAAAGAGCUGCCCCGGGCCAGAGAACAAGUGGGGGAGGUGCUCCUGCUCCGAUUGUGUGUUUUAAGUGUGGGAAGGCUGGUCAUAAGAGUACUUACUGCACUGAUGACGUUAAGAAGUGUUUCCGUUGUGGCAAGACUGGUCAUAUGAUGUCUGAAUGCAGACAUAAAGAAGUGGUUUGUUUUAAUUGCGGUGAAGAAGGACACAUUGGAAGUCAAUGUCAGAAACCCAAGAAGGCACAAACUGGUGGAAAGGUGUUCGCUUUGGCUGGUACUCAGACAAGCACUGAGGACAGACUCAUUAGAGGUACUUGCUUCAUCAAUAGUAUGCCUUUAAUUACUAUUAUUGAUACCGGUGCUACUCAUUGUUUUAUUGCUGCUGCAUGUGUUGAAAAGUUGGGUCUUGUACUAUCUUCGAUGAAUGGCGAGAUGGUAGUUGAGGUUCCAGCUAAAGGAUCUGUGACUACAUCUCUUGUUUGUUUGAAAUGUCCGUUGUCGAUCUUCGACAGGGAAUUUGCUGUUGAUUUAGUAUGUUUACCGUUGGCCGGGCUAGACGUAAUUUUGGGAAUGAACUGGUUAGAAUAUAACUAUGCUCACAUCAAUUGUUAUAACAAGACUGUGAGAUUUUCAACUGCCGAAGAAGAAGAAGCUGGCUUAGUGUCGUCAAAGCAGGUACGACAAUUGUUGAAGGAAGAAGUAGAGAUGUUCUCGUUGAUGGCAACAUUGUCAAUCAAGAAUCAGAACAUCAUCGAUGAAUUACCGGUGGUAAGAGAAUUCCCUGAAGUUUUUCCCGAUGAGAUUCCUGAUGUGCCGCCAGAAAGAGGAAUUGAGUUCACAAUUGAUCUUGUACCUGGUACCAAACCUGUUUCUAUGGCACCGUACAGGAUGUCCGCAUCUGAGUUGACAGAAUUGAAGAAGCAAUUAGAAGACUUACUGGAGAAGAAGUUUGUCAGACCAAGUGUAUCGCCGUGGGGAGCUCCGGUGCUGUUAGUGAAGAAAAAGGAUGGAAGCAUGAGACUUUGCAUAGAUUAUCGACAGCUGAAUAAAGUAACCAUUAAGAACAAAUACCCGCUACCGAGAAUAGAUGAUUUGAUGGACCAAUUGGUAGGUGCCAGUGUUUUUAGCAAGAUCGAUCUGAGGUCGGGUUACCAUCAGAUUAAGGUCAAAGAUGAAGAUGUACAGAAGACAGCGUUCAGAACAAGAUAUGGACAUUAUGAAUAUUCGGUGAUGCCAUUUGGAGUUACGAACGCGCCAGGAGUAUUUAUGGAAUAUAUGAACCGUAUCUUCCAUGAGUAUUUAGAUCAGUUCGUCGUGGUGUUCAUAGACGACAUCUUAAUAUAUUCUAAAUCAGAGUCAGAGCAUUCAGAUCAUUUGAGGACGGUAUUGCAAGUGUUGAAAGAAAGGAAGUUGUAUGCGAAGUUGUCCAAAUGUGAAUUUUGGUUGAAAAAAGUCAGUUUUCUGGGACAUGUCAUAUCUGGUGGUGGCAUUGCUGUAGACCCAUCUAAGGUAGAUGCUGUGUUACAAUGGGAGACUCCAAAGUCAGCUACCGAGAUCAGAAGCUUCUUGGGCUUGGCCGGUUACUAUAGACGGUUUAUUGAAGGAUUUUCUAAGUUGGCACUUCCAUUAACUAAGUUGACGUGUAAGGGUAAAGUGUUCAUAUGGGAUGCACAAUGUGAAGAAAGUUUUGUAGAAUUGAAGGAGAGAUUGACGACAGCCCCGGUUUUGACAUUACCAAACCCAGGAGAACCUUUCAUAGUUUAUUGCGACGCUUCUUUGAUGGGUUUAGGUGGUAAGGAGCUGAACAUGAGACAGCGAAGAUGGUUAGAACUGCUGAAAGAUUAUGAUUUCGGGUUGAAUUAUCACCCCGGUAAGGCGAAUGUUGUGGCUGAUGCCUUAAGCAGGAAGACCUUGCACAUGUCCGCUAUGAUGGUUAAAGAAUUGGAAUUGAUCGAACAAUUCCGAGAUAUGAGCUUAAUUUGUGAAGUGACACCGCAGAGUGUUAAGUUGGGAAUGCUCAAAAUUGACAAUGACUUUCUGAACAGUAUCAAAGAGGCUCAGAAAUUGGAUGUGAAAAUGGUGGACAUUAUAGUUGGUUGUGGCAAAUCCGAGAAGAGUGAUUUUAAGGUGGACGCACAAGGAGUGUUGAGAUUGCGGAAUCGAAUCUGUAUCCCGGAUGAUAAUGAUAUGAAAAGGAUGAUUUUAGAAGAAGGUCAUCGGAGUAACUUGAGUAUUCACCCUGGAGCUACUAAAAUGUAUCAAGACUUGAAGAAGAUAUUUUGGUGGCCGAGGAUGAAAGAAGAUGUGGCGCGGUUUGUUUAUGCUUGGUUGCCUAAUACUGCAAGUGGACACGAUUCAAUAUGGGUGAUCGUUGAUAGGCUUACCAAAUCAGCUCAUUUCAUACCUAUUAGCAUCACGUAUCCGGUGGCAAAGUUAGCUGAGAUCUAUAUCCGAACGGAUGGUCAAACUGAAAGGACUAUUCAGUCUCUAGAGGAUCUGUUGAGAGCGUGUGUUCUCGAGCAAGGAGGCUCGUGGAGCGCUCAUCUUCCAUUGAUCGAGUUUACUUAUAAUAACAGUCAUCAUUCUAGUAUCGGGAUGGCACCCUUUGAAGCGUUGUAUGGUCGGAGGUGUAGGACUCCGCUAUGUUGGCACGAAUCUGGCGAAGGCGUAGUACUUGGACCGGAAAUUGUACGAGAAACCACAGAGAAGGUAAAAAUGAUUCGGGAAAAGAUGAAGGCUUCACAGAGUAGACAGAAAAGUUAUCAUGAUAAACGAAGGAAGGAGUUAGAAUUUGAAUCAGGUGACCAUGUGUUUCUAAGAGUCACGCCUGUGACUGGUGUUGGUCGUGCUCUGAAGUCAAAGAAGCUGACUCCACGAUUUAUCGGCCCUUAUCAGAUUUCAGAGAGGGUUGGUACUGUUGCUUAUAGGGUGGCGUUACCGCCUAACCUGUCGAAUCUGCACGAUGUGUUUCAUGUGUCACAGCUUCGGAAGUAUGUUCCGGAUCCAUCUCACGUGAUUCUUAUGGAUAACGUGCAAGUAAGAGAGAAUCUUACAGUAGAGACGAUGCCGAUACGGAUCACGGAUCGCGAGAUAAAGUCCCUUAGAGGUAAAGAUAUUCCGCUGGUGAAAGUGGUAUGGACGGGGACUACCGGAGAGAGCAUGACGUGGGAAAUGGAGAGCAAGAUGCGAGACUCCUAUCCCGAGUUGUUUGAACGAGGUAAGUUUGAAGCUGAUUUAGAUGCUUCCGCCGUUGGAUUCCCUUUUGGAUUGUAUGAUAACUUGAGCUAUGACGCAGAACUGGUGUUAAGGUUGGAUCUGUAG